AAAGUUGACCUUUAAUAUUAUUUUCAACAUGGAUAAGGUUCGCGCCACAUAAAAAAAGAAUUAUUUUAUUUGAACCAAAAGUAAUGAAGAGGGUUUUCAACAGGGAAAACUUUUGCUGGUCUUUUCUCGUUUGGACCUGCAGAAUAUGGGGCAUACUAACUGCACUAGGGUUGUGGGGUAGUGGAUCAGAAGCUGUACAUUUUAAACAUAAUUUAGGAAUUUAUUUGUUAAUUAUUGCCAUUAUUGUUAGUGUUUUAGAGUUAUUGUUUAUAGGUGAAUAUUGUACAGAAUUUGCUGUAGAAGAUUCUAUAUGUAUAAAGUUUUAUGAAAAGUUAAGCUUGUUAGAUGAUUGGAAGAAAGGAAUAUUUUAUUGUUUGUUUGCUGUUCCAUGUUUUUUAGAUCCUUCAAAAGUCAUAUUAGGAGUUAUAUCAGGAGUGAUGUUAGCUUUUUGUGGUAUUUUAUAUAUGUUUAAAACAUUUAAAACACGACGAGAAGAGAAACUCAAAGAUGGUGAAGACAAGGCAACUUAUGACAGAUUUGAAGAAAUCCAUGAUGACAUUGAAGAUAGUAUUGUCAAUCCAACAGCCACAUUAAAUCUCCCUGGUAUAACAGAGAUGCCUGAAGACACCUAUGAAUUGUGAAAAUUGUCUCCCUUCAGCAAAAAAAAAAAACAGUCAAUCCCAUUUAGUGAUUUUGUAGAAGGAAGGUUCAAUCUCAGCUUUAGCAUCAUGGCUUUUGCUAUUCUGAAUCUCAAUGAACUGAUGAGAGUUGUAUAAAAAUACUUGCUUAACUUUUCAUGGUAACAAAAUUUGAUCUCAAGUUUAAAAUUUUUGAUUUGAAAAUGAAGAAAGCAUUUGCCAUUACAGGUACAUGCCUUUGAAAUAGACAAUACAUGUACAUUAUGUACACGAAGUUUAAAUGAAGAAAAUGUUAAACUAUGAAAAUAACUUGUUUAAUAAUUAAUUGCUAUAUCUCUCAUCUAUAUCUCUUCAUAUUUUGUGUAUUUUUUAACAGCUUAAUAGAAUCUCUUAAGAGGCAUUAUGGUACAACUCCAAUGAUGAAUCUUUGGAUAUUUGGGUUAAAUAUUUGUGGAUAAUGUAUAUGCGAUUGGAAAAUACUCGCUUUUGAACAAAUAACAGUUUUAUGCUAAAACAUAUUGAGAAUACCAUCAAAGUCCUAACAGGGGUUGUUUUUGUUAUUAACGGAUCAGUUUUGUACUCCUGAGCAUUUUCAAGAUGUAGGUGAGAGGAUUGUGAAUAUAAUAAUGUGUUGUUAAUAUAUAUUCUAGAAGCUAGUCAAAAUCUUCAACCUGCCAAAAAAUAGUUAAAAACAGACAUGACUUGAAAACUAAACUGCUGCAGAUUUAUAGAACUUGGCUCUCAUUGUUCAAUCAAAUAUUUCCAUGCCAAAAAUGUUUUUAUGUAUCUGACUUUGCCUUAAAUUGAAUAUAGCAUUCUCAUUUACAGUGCCUUACAUAUAAAUUUUAUCUAAUUAAUUAAGAUUCUGUGUCUUUUUAAAGAUGGUUUUGUUUAUGGAACAACUUUACAGUGUGCCUUAACAACUAAAACUUUGUCAUGUGUCAAACAUUGCCAAAAAAUCGUUUUGGUCUCUGUUUAUGGUAAUCUCAAUUUUCAAUAUUGAAAUCAUGAAAAAUAUUUAUAACCAAAUUGAUGUGUUUAAUGUGCCUACAACUGCAUGCAUUUAUUAACAUGCAUCAUAUUUUUUACUUUGUUUGCUUUGAAAGUGCUUUGGUUGUGUUUUUAUAAAGUAUAUAUAAUUAUUUAUUGUAUUCUAUUUAUUAUCAACUAUAUUCAUGUCUUUUUUUGUUUUAUUUUGUUGAAGAAUAUGAAGUGAAAGCCUACCAAGUAGGGAUUUCUUUAGCACUGAAACUAAGUCAAAGUUUUUAUCUUACGAUAUUAGAUCUCUCAAAGAUCCAUGUAAUUGUUUGAAACCAUGGUUUAUUGUUAAAUUACUUGCUGGCUACAUAGUGGUCAAGAAAAUAGAUGAAUUUGUUAGAAAUGAAAUGCUUGAAUAAUGAUUGAGAUUGAAUUAAAUAUUUUUAAGUAUU